AUGAAGAGCAGAUAUUGUGCAUCAUAUACAAGGCUCUGUGUCCUAUUAAUAUCGUGGGGAGCUCUUGCCCAGAAGUCUAGAACUUCCUGUGCUCGGUGCCCAUCCAAUGCCCAUUGUCUCAAUGCCACAUCCUGCCGCUGUGAUCCUGGAUUCACUCCUCUGUUCAGACAAACCAUCUUUAGCAACCCCUCGGAGAUCUGUACUGAUAUCAACGAGUGUGGCCCACCGUCAUACAAGUCUUGUGGAAGCUUUGCAGAGUGUCAUAAUGUGGAGGGAAGUUACUAUUGUGAGUGCAUUUCUGGUUACGAGUUCAUUUCAGGAGGCACCAAAUUCAAAAAUGAGAGAAAUACUUGUCAAGAUGUGGAUGAGUGCAGCUCGGGACAACACCAAUGCCACAACUCCACCCGCUGUGUCAAUGUGAGAGGCAGCUACAGAUGUUACUGUCACCACGAAUGGGUGGCUGUGUCCAGCCCUCUGAAUGGUCUAACAACCACUGUCUGUGAAGAAGUCCCCCUCUCCUCAUGGACACCACCUUCUGGAAUCAAGAGUCAGAGCCUCUCCCGCUUCUUUGACAAAGUCCAGCAGUUAUCUCAAGACUUCAAGCCAGCCUUGGCUGGGAACACCAUCCAGAACCUCUUGCAAGAGGUGGGUGAGCUGCUGGAGACCCCCGGUGACCUGGAGACCCUGCCCCAGUCAGAGCAGCACUGCGUAGCCACUAACCUGCUCAAUGGCCUGGAGGAUGUUCUGAAAGUGCUGAGCAAGGACCUACCCAAUGAGCCAUUGACUCUGCGGGCUCCUGCAGGCACAGAGCUGUUCCUGAAGGUGCAGGAGGAGCAAGGGCUGGGAGACGUCAUUGGACAGAGCCAGGCGAAGAUGCAGUUGGACUGGGGUGUGGUGCAGAAAUCCAGUGACUCGGGCCCUUCUGUGGUGGGCCUCAUCUCUACUCCAGGGAUGGGCAAGCUGCUGGCUGAGGCCCCCUUGUUCCUGGAGCCUGAGAACCUGGCAGUUUUGCAUGAGACACACAAAGGCUUGCUGCAGGGGGUCUCCACUGUCCUGUUCUCGGAUGUCAACUCCGCCUUUCUGAGCAACAAAGACACCCAGAACCUCGGCUCCCCAGUCACUUUCAUCUUCUCCCACCAUCCGAUGACCCCCGGACCAAGGGAGGAGGUGCUCUGUGUCUUCUGGGAUCGUGGUCAGGACGGAUGUGGUCACUGGGCCACCAAAGGCUGCAGGAUGAUGGGCACCAGAAACACCAGCACCACCUGCCAAUGCACCCACCUCAGCAGCUUUGCCGUCCUCAUGGCCCCGUACGAUGUGCAGGAGGAGGAUGCCGCCCUGGCUGUGAUCACCCAGGUGGGGCUGAGCCUCUCCCUGCUGUGCCUCCUCCUGGCGGCCCUCACCUUCCUGCUGUGCAAAGCCAUCCAGAGCACCAGCACCUCCCUCCACCUGCAGCUCUGCAUCUGCCUCUUCCUGGCGCACCUGCUCUUCCUCACGGCCAUCGACAGAACCGAACACAAGGUGCUGUGUGCCAUCACCGCAGGUGCCUUGCACUACCUCUACCUGGCCGCCUUCACCUGGAUGCUGCUGGAGGGCCUGAACCUCUUCCUCACCGCACGCAACCUGACGGCGGUCAACUACUCCAGUGUGAGCAGGUUCAUGAAAAAGUUCAUGUACCCUGUGGGCUACGGAGUCCCGGCUGUGAUUGUGGCCAUUUCUGCAGCUUCCGGGCCUCACCUUUAUGGCACAUCUGCCCGAUGCUGGCUCCAUAUACAACAGAGAUUUGUAUGGACCUUCCUUGGCCCCAUCUGCACCAUCAUCUUUAUUAGCUUGGCUUUCUUCCUGGUAACCAUCUGGAUUCUGAAAAGCAAGCUCUCCUCGCUCAACAGUGACGUCUCCACCCUCCAGAACACGAGGAUGCUGACAUUUAAAGCAAUGGCCCAGCUCUUCAUCCUGGGCUGCACGUGGUGUCUGGGAGUCCUGCAGGUGGGCCCAGCUGCCCGCGCCAUGACCUAUCUCUUCACCAUCAUCAACAGCCUGCAGGGCGUCUUCAUCUUCCUGGUGUACUGCCUCCUCAGCCAGCAGGUCCGGGAGCAAUACAGGAGAUGGUUGGGAGGGGUCAGGAAAGCCAAAGCGGACUCUGAGAAGCACACCUUAUCCAGCAGGGCCAUAUCAGAUGACCCUAAAUACAGUUUGGUAAGAUCAUGCAUUGCUCCCAGAGCACUUCUCUAA